CACACACACUCACUCACGCUCCCCCCGCCCCGGGAGCGCUCCCCCCGUCUCGCGGCCGGGAUUCCACGCGCCGUGACGUCAGGGCGCGCGGCCCCGCCCGGGCGCUAUAAGAGGGGCCGCGUGCCGCAGUGGGCCCGGCGGAGCGGAGCGGCCCCAGCCCGGCAGCGCAGCCAUGGCCGGGCCCCCCGGCACCCUCUUCCUCCUCCUCAGCCUCCUGCCGCUGCUCUGCCUGCGCGGCCGCGGGCAGGGCUUCGGGCAGACGCGCUUCAUCUGCACCUCGGUGCCGCUGGACGGGGACAUGUGCGCUGCCACCGCGCCGGGGACGGGCUCCGCCGAGGAGCUGAAGAGCACGGUGCUGCAGCUGCGGGAAACAGUGCUGCAGCAAAAGGAAACCAUCAUGAACCAGAAGGAGACCAUUCGGGAGCUGACGGCCAAGCUGGGCCGGUGCGAGAGCCAGAGCGUGCUGGAGGGGCUGCCCGGCGAGCCCAAGGGCGGCGGGGCCGGCAGGAAGGGCGGGUUCUCCAAGAACACCAUGGGGGACCUGUCGCGGACACCCGCGGCCGAGACCCUCAGCCAGCUCGGACAGACGCUGCAGUCCCUGAAGACCAGGCUGGAGAACCUGGAGCAGUUCAGCAGGAUGAACUCCUCCAGCCAGACCAACAACCUGAAGGACAUCCUGCAGAACAAAAUCGACGACCUGGAGAAGCAGGUGCUGUCCCGGGUGAACAGCCUGGAGGAGGGAAAGUUCAACCCCAAGAACGAGUCCGAGGAGCGCGGCAAGAUCGAGAGCACCCUCACAUCGCUGCACCAGCGCAUCAGCGACCUGGAGAAAGGCCAGAAGGACAACCGGCCCCCGGACAGGUUCCAGCUCACCUUCCCGCUGCGCACCAACUACAUGUACGCCAAGGUGAAGAAGAGCCUGCCCGAGAUGUACGCCUUCAGCAUCUGCAUGUGGAUCAAGUCCAACGCCUCCCCCGGCAUGGGCACCCCCUUUUCCUAUGCCGUGCCCGGGCAGGCUAACGAGCUGGUGCUCAUUGAGUGGGGCAACAACCCCAUGGAGAUCCUCAUCAACGACAAGGUGGCCAAACUGCCCUUUGUCAUCAAUGACGGCAAGUGGCACCACAUCUGUGUCACCUGGACCACGCGGGAUGGUGUGUGGGAAGCCUACCAGGACGGCACGCAGACCGGCAACGGCGAGAACCUGGCGCCUUACCACCCCAUCAAGCCCCAGGGGGUCCUGGUCCUGGGCCAGGAGCAGGACACGCUGGGCGGCGGGUUCGACGCCACGCAGGCCUUCAUGGGGGAGCUGGCGCACUUCAACGUGUGGGACAGGAAGCUGAGCCCCGGGGAGGUGUACGGCCUGGCCACCUGCAGCGCCAAGGCGCUCUCGGGAAACGUCAUUGCCUGGGCAGAGGCCAACAUCGACAUCUAUGGCGGGGCCACCAAAUGGACUUUCGAGGCCUGUCGCCAGCUCAACUAGAGCCACGGACAAGCCAGAAAAACCUCCUCACUGGGUUUUUUCCUUUUUUUUUUCUCCUCCCUUUUUUUUGCGCAAAACUAACGGUGAACGAAGCCCCCCGUCUCGUCUCGAGGAGCGGGGAUACCCCAGCAGUGGGACCACCCGUCUCCGCAGCCCCGCGACCCUCCGGUUUCUGUCUUGCCAACGUCCUUCAACGCCUGCGUGCCUUGGCCUGGCGCGGCUGCGCCCCAUCCUGCCCCCCCGCUUCGCCACCUCCGCUGUCCCCGGGCACCAGCGCCCGCAAAGGCUGCGGGACCCAGACCAGAGCCCCCCUUGGGCUCCUCUCCCUGCAGCCUGAACCCCCCAGGAGGGUGGUGUCCCCAGAGCCGGGUUGCAGUGUCCCCCUCCUGGGAGCCAGGGGUGCAGCAGCACCCAGAGCUCUGGGGAGGGGUGACCCCCCCACUCCUCUCCCCGGGCUAAGGGACCCCGCUGCCCAUUCCCGGCACCACAGCCAUAGCCCGGGCUGCGGCGGGCGCCGGGCGGGACCCCCGACCUGCCACACUCAGGUACGUCCCCCCAGCCCCGCCGCUGCAGCCCCCGAGGCCUCCUACGCACCGUAGCUGGUGAAAAACAAUAGCCUUUACCACCCCCUGGAAGUUUAGCUACCACUGGAAAGUCUGAAGCCUUUCUGCUUUUGAUAAUACACUAUGUUGUUUCUCUUACUGUAAAGGGAAGUUUAUUACCAUUAAAAAAAAAAAAAGAUAUUUUUAUGAAGAUUAAAAAAAUAGAAUUAAGCUGUGCUCCCUGAGGAAAAAAAAAAAAAGUACUUUGAUUCUGCAGGAAAAAAAAAGAUAAAGAAGCGUAUUUUGAAAUAAUAGAUGCAUUUUGUAUGGGUUCCUUUUCUAAACUCCUGGUUUGUACUACAGAUCGCAGAAACCACCUGCCAGACCCCCCUGUCCCCCGGGGCUGCCCUGGGUGGCACUGGGGACGGGCAGAGAAUUCGCACGGGGCUCCGGAGCCUCCCGCCCACCUCCAAAGAUGCGGCAGAGAGACGCGGGGCCGCGGGGGCCCGGGCGGGAGCACAGAGCCGGCCCGGCCACCGGCCCGGGACACACACCCCUGGUCGAGACACCUUCCCACAAACUGUGGCUCAGGGCAGCGUAUUUUAAACUGUGCUCUUUUUAAAACAAAACAAAACAUAGUGGGCUAAUUUACGUUCCUCUGAAGAACCUGUUCGCAUCAGCAAAGUGACAAGCACAACCCGCUGAGAAGAACAAAACCACUGGAAAGGUUUCACCUACGGUCCCAGGUGCGUCAGAUUUGCCAAAAAGAAAAAAAGUGAUGUCAACACAAUGUAUAUAGUGUAUAGUAGGGGAGAGAAUAAAUGUAUCUUAAUUUGUCAUUAUUUUGCUAACCAAAGCUGUACAUUUUUCCUAUUACUUGCUCUCUGUCUCCUCUGGGUUUUGAAUGGGUUACAAUGUACUACGCAUCCCGUCUGCAUCGGCAGUUCUGAAAAUGCACUGUUUCUACUGAUACUCAUGCUUUUUCCAUUUUAUUGCUGAGAUUACAUGAAUUGUUGACUUUAUUUUUACACAAUAAAGAGUGAAGAAAGACA